AUGGAGACAGAAGCUGAAACUGUGCAGCCUCCGGUUGCACCGGUGAGGUCGACUAGGAAGAAAAUGACAAAACAGUUGACGGGGAAGCGUGACGAUACGCCUUUACAUUCUGCGGCAAGAGCGGGAGAUAUGGCUUCUUUGAGGGGCACGGUGGAUGGUGCUGAAGAGGGUAAACUGCGUGAAGUGUUUGCGAAGCAGAAUCAAGGUGGAGAAACGGCACUUUAUGUUGCUGCUGAGUAUGGUUAUGUUGAUAUGGUUAGGGAUAUGAUUCAGUAUUAUGAUCUUGUUGAUGCUGGAAUUAAAGCGAGAAAUGGUUUUGAUGCGCUUCAUAUUGCGGCUAAACAAGGGGAUUUAGAUAUAGUGAAGAUCCUAAUGGAGGCCCAUUCUGAACUGGCAAUGACUGUGGAUCUAUCCAACACUACGGCCUUACACACAGCUGCAACACAAGGGCACACUGAGAUAGUGAAAUUUCUAUUAGAAACAGGUAGUAGCUUGGCAGCCAUUGCUAGAAGUAAUGGCAAAACAGCUUUACAUUCUGCUGCAAGAAACGGACAUUUGGAGGUCGUGAAAGCGAUUCUGGAGAAGGAGCCUGGUGUUGUAACAAGAACUGAUAAAAAGGGACAGACGGCGCUUCACAUGGCGGUGAAGGGACAGAGCCUUGUAGUAGUAGAGGAGUUGAUAAAAGCAGAUCCAUCAACAAUAAACAUGGUCGAUAAUAAGGGCAAUACGGCAUUGCAUAUAGCUACCAGGAAGGGUAGAACUCAGAUUAUUAAGUUGAUACUUGGGCAGAGUGAAACAGAUGUCAUGGCAAUAAACAAAAGUGGCGAAACAGCAUUAGACACGGCUGAGAAAACAGGAAACUCUGAAGUAAAAACCAUUCUAACAGAACACGGCAUUCAAAGUGGAAAAUCCAUAACAAAACCAAAAACAGCUGCAACUAGAGAAUUAAAACAAACCGUUAGCGACAUAAAGCAUGAAGUCCAUCACCAACUAGAACACACCCGCCAAACGCGAAAAAGCGUUCAAGGAAUCGCAAAGCGUCUCAACAAAAUGCACACAGAAGGGCUCAACAAUGCAAUCAACUCAACAACCGUCGUCGCAGUCCUCAUAGCAACGGUUGCAUUCGCCGCUAUCUUCACCGUCCCAGGCCAAUUCGUCGAUAAUCCAAAAAACGUUCCUAAAGGAAAGUCGCUUGGGGAAGCAAACAUAGCGCCGCAAGCUGCGUUUCUAAUCUUCUUUGUGUUCGACUCGUUUGCGCUUUUCAUUUCUUUAGCGGUUGUGGUGGUUCAAACUUCAAUAGUUGUUAUAGAAAGCAAAGCAAAGAAGCAAAUGAUGGCUAUUAUUAACAAACUAAUGUGGCUGGCUUGUGUGCUUAUUUCUGUUUCAUUUUUGGCACUGUCUUUUGUAGUUGUUGGGAAAGAUCAAAGGUGGCUUGCAAUUGGAGUAACUAUAAUUGGAACAACUAUUAUGGCAACUACAUUGGGAACUAUGUGUUAUUGGGUUAUUAGGCAUCGAAUUGAAGCUUCAAAUAUGAGGAGUAUACGUAAAUCUUCAAUGGGAAGCAGGUCAAGGUCUUUUUCAGUUUCAGUUGUUAUGUCAGAUUCUGAGAUAUUAAACAAUGAGCGUACUAAAAUGUAUGCUAUUUAG